UGAUCACCACGAUAUUGCUAAUGUUGCUGGUGUCACAUCAGUCAAUUUCCUUCCUGAAAGUUUGUAGCCUGUUGCACGCAUUCAAAAUGAGAGAGAAAGCAACGGGCUUUUGGGCAUGCAGGUACAUUUUAAAUACAUAUUUAUUAUUAUUUACCGAGGUUGGUUUUAGCUAUUAUAAAUGUUUCUCAACGCAUAUGGGUUAUGCUACGUCACAUUUUUGGUACGUCGUCGUGCUACGUGUGCUCAUCCAACAAAAUAACAGAACUGAUUCUCAGCUGUGCUGGUUACUGCAAUGAAUGGUGACACUAUCCAUCAGGCGACAACCACAGCUUCCAUUGCAGCACCGUGUGGCUGGAGAGAAUUCUGCGAGUUGCAUGCCAUAGCCACGGCCCGGGAACUAGCCAACCACUACCGUAACUUUGCCAGGGAUCGGCCAGAGCAUGAUGUCAUCCCACCGGACCGCUUCUCCAAGCAGUUCAGCGAGCUGUUCCAGCAGCACUUCCACAGCGAGGUGGCCGAAAAGAUCCCUACAUUGGCCCCUUCAUCAAUGAUGGGCCGGCUCCGCAACACCUCCUCCGGGGUGCAAAACUACCGGGAGGCGGGUCAGCCUGGCGCCCCGGCCCUGUUCACCGUGCUGGACUCAAAGCCGAAGCACGGGGUGGUGGAGCAGCCCCUUCAGUGCUCAUCAGCCAACCCAGGGGUGCAAGCUCGAGCUCCUGUCCGGAGCCACAGCCAGGAGGAGCUGUCUGUGUCGGAGCGGCGGCCUGUGUCUGAAUGGUACAUCCCCACCUCACUCUCCUCCGCUGCUGCUGAUGUCACACACUUCUCUGUCAGCCAGAUCAGGCAGAGCGUGCGCUGUCUUCUUAAGGAGCCCCUGCCCCCACCUCAAGACCUGUUGUCGAGAGGGCCGGGUGACAGGGGAAUAGGAGGGACUCUGGACGAAGUGGCGGCCUUAUCGUUGUCAGCGUUGACUGUGAACCCCUCCCCCGAGACCACUGCCUCUGCCUCGUCCAUGGCGGUCCACUUCCUAGACCGUCUGGCCAGCAGGUUUGGCAGUAGGAGUGUGAAGCGUGGGCCGCAGGCUGCGGGCAGCUGCAAAGAGGGGCAGCUGAGGUACCUGGUGGUUGACGACACUAUCUCGGACAUGCAGCAUCGCUGGGAGCGCUGCCGCCUACUGGUGAGGAAGAUCAGAGACGGCCUAGCAGGAGAGAGGUUCCAGCUGGAGCUCUAUGACCCCCCCAAGGGCUCUAGUCCCAAACUGACAGUUCAUUGUGCAGACAUCCUGGAGAUCCGCCGCUGCAACCGCCUGGAGAUGCCCGACAACAUGAACACAUUUGUUUUAAAGGUAAAUCACUAUCCAGGUAGUCUCAUAAUUGAGACGGAAAAUAACCAGCAAGUCAGCUCCUGGACAACAGAAAUUAAAGAAUGUAUCAACAGGUCUGGCAGCGUGGAUUUGGAGCUCCUAACCUACCCUGUGGACAAUGCUGCGAUGGCCAAACGGAGAGGGAACUCCGAGUCAGGGAGUCAGGGAACUGCGACCUUUGCCCUCUCGGAGCAGGUGUUCCAUAAGACUGACCACUUCCUGUGUUCAUAUCCCUGGUUCCACGGGCCCAUCUCGCGGGUCAAGGCGGCCCACCUGGUCCAGAACUUGGGCCUGGAGGGCCAUGGAGUGUUCCUAGUGAGGCAGAGUGAGACUCGCCGCGGAGACUACGUCCUCACCUUCAACUACCAGAGCAAGGCCAAGCACCUGCGUCUGUCUCUAACAGAGUGGGGUCAGUGUAGGGUGCAGCACCUGCGCUUCCCAUCCGUCAUGGACAUGCUCAGUCACUUUCGCCUCUACCCCAUACCCCUGGAGUGUGGCACUGCCUGUGACGUCACCCUCUCAAGCUUUGUGGUGGCUAACUCCCAAGGUCAGAUUUCAGCGGCUGUUCUGGUUCCCUUCUCCCUGAACUGCUGGAGCUCUGAGCCCAGCCUGGCCCACUGCAGCCCAGCCACCUGCCCCAGCCUGCUCCCCUCUCCAGGCCCCCUGCCCCAGCCCGGACACCCUCAUCUAUACACCGCUCCCCUCCCAGACCUUCCCACCUCGGGUCCCCUGCGUCGGAGCGAGUCGGUGGGCCGCAGACCCCUACUGCGUCACCCCAACCCCCACCCACCCUUUACUCAGCGAGACUCCGACUACGAACUGGAGCCAGACAGGGGCCGCAAGCGGGCCAUCGACAACCAGUACAUGUUCCUCUGACCCCUUUCUACCUGUCACAGCCGGCCCAGAGGUCACCGCAAAACUCCAAGCAAGUGCCAGAUGGACUCAUGAGUGAACGUGUAUGCCCAAGUUGAGAUCUGUUUCAUGGUGGGGUGACAGAGUUCAUUAUGAAUGUAUUUUUAUAUUGUUAUAUGAUUAUUCUCAUUUUAUAAAGCGGAUGUCGUUGUUUUAAGGGAUGUUGCUACAUGGGAGUGAGUGGUGCUGAUGUGGAAGGUCUUCCCUCGGGCAGGGGAGCGGGGCACCAUCACUGCCUCUCCCUCCCCUUUUAAUAGGGGUCUGUUUAAGGGCCCUGAAGCGUUGGGCAACACUCCUUCCCCUCCACACACACUCCAUUUUAUAGUGUAUUCUAAUGAUACCCUGUGUAUUUGAAAUGCACACAUUCUGUAUUUUAAUUAGCUGGAAAACCAAAGGUGUUGAAAAAGGAACCUAACAAACUGUGUGGAGCCUUCCACGUAGGUUUGGUUCAGUCUCACUGUUGGGGUAUGUAUUGACGUUAAACCUCCCGAGACGGGAUUGAAACCCCAUAAAGAAAGAGGUCGGGAGGGGACACACCCUAUUCUAGAGUCCCUGUUCCCCUCCACAGCCUCGACUCUCAAGAGUUGUGCACAGGGCUUAUAUAACACAUUUCACACAAUUGUUUGUGAUACAACAGUUUGUCUGCCCAAAAAUGUUUACACAACCAUUGUGCAAAACUGUUGUAGUAUCACAAGCAUUGUACCUGUAUUGUACAACUUGAAUGUGUAUGGGGCAAAAUAUUAGCAUGUUAAUUUCCUGUUAGCAUUAAAGUCCUUACCUUCAUAGCAUUAACUUCUUUCAUCUUAACAUUGUUCUCUCCAGCUCUACGACUCAAGGACAAAGCUGGACCUUUCUGAAGGCAUUUGUUUUCUGCUAGUUACAUGUUUCCCUUCUAUGGCUUCUUAAUCAGCGAGCUCUUGAAAGAGACAUGUCACCAAAGAAAAUGUGAGGAAAAGACUGCACUCCCUUGCUUUUACUAAGAACCCUCGUGUGCAUGGCCCCUUAACACAUUUUAUGUAAGCAACCGUUCUGGUGUACAUUUUUGUUAAUUAAACUUUCUUUAACAUACCAGUACCCAUCACUUUUCCUCUAUGAACAUCUUCUUUCCCUUGCCUAACACUAACUUAGCAGUGAAACCUUAAUCAUUGAGUUGUACAGCUUACCCCCUAGAAGUCCUACAGUGUUUAUGGUCAUGUUUAUUUCUUAUCAUAGAAGGGCUUUCUGUUUUUAAGAAAUGCACAAAGGCAUGUUGAUUUCCUUUUUAAAUGACCAGGACAUCGACUUGCCCUGAAAGGAGAUGUAUUUUUCAUUGCAUGACCCAGCUAAAAAUCUAUCAAGGAAUUUUACAAUAGUUUUUAAUCAGUUACCUUCCGAUAUUGAAACUGACUUUGUCAAAGGUUAGACAAUUGCAGACAAGUAUGGUUUGUUUCCUGUGCUUAAAUUGAAACUAAUCCCAAACCCCAAUCUGUUCUGCAAAUGCGUAAGGAAAGCAACGGUAUCAUUGACUUAUCAGUCUCUUUGACCUGUAGCCAGAAAGACUGUGCCUUGCCUGAAAACUGCUGUUGCUUUGAACCUCAGGGCAUGAUGUUUGAACUUAGUGCAAUAAAUGAGGUAUUUCCAAUAACUUAGCCUAUUGCACAUUGAACGCUUUAUAUUAUAGCUUAGCCUGUACAUUGUCUUUGCACUCAAUCAUAUUGGGAAAACAAAUCACACCAAGAGUUGACAAGCUUAGUGCAUUCCACUACUGUAGACAGGUGAAGAGUGAGCAACACCAGUCUUUCUGCACAUAUCAGGUUAGUUUUAUACUCCAAAAUGGCCCCAACGUACCUCAGUCCCAUGUAUUAGAACAUUUGCUGACAUCCAUUUAUUUUGCCCGGUCAGUCAAGCCAUCUGACAUUGUUCAAGUUCAACUGAUUUAAUGUGUCUUCUCAAUACUGUUCUGUAUUAGCACUAAACAUUCCAUUUCUAUCUGUCAAUCUUUGAUCAAUUGUUACAUUUCCCUAAGUUAUAAGCAUUCUAAAUUAUCAACUGUAUAUUUGACUUUUGUAAUAUAAAGCUAACCCCCAAAAAUGUACAUACAACAGCAUUUUUGUGACUAUGAAAAAAUCUUGUUUUUCUGCAAAUAUUACUUUGACAAGUCUCUGACAUUAUUAGACAUAGGUAUAAAACAGCAUUGUAUGGCUCCUGCACAUAGCAUUAUAGGGCUUUCACCGGUCUAGUCCUUUCAGAUCUGUGAACAGAGGGGGUUGGGGUUCAAAUAGAACUGGGAUGUGAAAGUGAGUGAACCAAGAGACGUGUGAAACGAGUUGUUUAUACCUGGUGGCAACCUGCAUCCUGAUCUCAUUCACAUUCUGCUGACAUUAAGACCAGUAUAGACUCACCUCCAGAAGUAGUCAGGGAUACAUUGAUUUGUUGAAUGAAAGCAGUGGGCAGAGCUUAGUGACAGGUCAGGGGGUGGAGAUUACAGGUGAGCGUCAAAUAAAGGCCUUUAAGGAUGGUAGGUUGGAGAGCGAUAAUUAUUCUAAAUGACUUACUGAGCAGCCUUAUCUAUGCUGGUGCAGUGUACUAGGCUAGGUCACAGGUUCUAAUCUCGCAGAUGAUCUAUAUUUUUUUUAAGGAUGGUCAAAUCAUUAUACCACCCUCUAAUCAACAGGAUAGGGACCAGAAAGUCAAAUUCUUGCCGAUGCCCGUUCUUACGUGUGAACCUUGCUUGGCCAUUUGCAACUGACUUUGGACCAAUUUAACUACAAUGCAUAUUUACUGGAAAUUAAAUUUUCAUUCGUAUCUGUCAAGGCCACUGACAAACCUAUCCCUAUAUUUUUUUAGACAUCAAUGAAUGGCAUUACAAAAUUAACACUUGAUUAUACAUAGAACGCAAAAAAACAAGACUGCCAAUACAGCUGUUUUUUUUUUAAAGUUUAUUUUUCCCCCAAAUGUUUUAAAUUAUUUAUAUUAUCUACAAAGUAAAAGUUACAUAAUGGUCAGGUGAGAAGUGGGAUCACUUUAGUCAUCAUAAUUAAUAAUGUUUGUCCUUUUGGCCAAACUUGUUAUUAAUUACAGGAAGAUUUUAAUUAGUUUUAGUUUGGUUAAAACCUGUUCUGAAGUCUUGAAUGCAGCAGCUGUUAAAGAGUAACACUGUUUAAGUAGGAAGAAUUUCCAUAUCAAGGUGCAGAUCAUUUUAUCUUUCAAUUGGCAAGCUGAAUCAAGGUUCAUUAAUGGACCCUCUGCAGGUUUCUUAAAAGGUGUGUGUUGGGAAGAGAGAGGGGAUCCUUUGUUAUUAAUCAAACUCUUAAUCAAUAAAACCUCUCCAAUGCAA